AAAAAAAAAGAAAAAAAAGAAAAAAGAAAAUGGCCAUUUCCUUUCUCCCUCCUCCUCCCUCCUUAUCCCCACCCUCCUCAAAACUACUUCAUCCCCUCUCCUCCAUUACCUCUCCCUCCUCCUCCUCCUCCUCCUCCUCUUCUUCUUCUUCUUCUUCUUCUUCUUCUUUAAGAGCUUCCCAUUAUCGACCUCACCAUCACCAUGCUCUCAGAGUCGCUUCCGAGGGGCGCGGCGUCGCCGCGGAGCUCGGAGACGUAAGCAGGGACCCGAGGGAGGUAUAUGAGUGUUGUAGCUUAUGGAAAUGGAAGGGUUUUAGUAUCAAUUACCUUGUCAAAGGAAAGGGCCCUCCCCUGUUGCUCGUUCAUGGGUUCGGGGCCUCAGUUGCGCACUGGCGCAGGAAUAUUGGCGUAUUGUCGGAACACUACACUGUGUACGCGAUUGACCUGCUUGGGUUCGGAGCGUCAGAGAAGCCGCCAGGGUUUGCCUACACAAUGGAGACUUGGACCGAAUUGAUACUGGACUUCUUGGAUCAAGUCAUAAAGAAGCCCACGGUGCUGAUCGGCAAUUCAGUUGGAAGCCUAGCAUGUGUAAUUGCUGCUUCGAAAUCUACUGGAGAUAAGGUCCGGGGGCUUGUGCUAUUGAACUGCGCUGGUGGAAUGAACAAUAAGGCAAUUGUCGAUGAUUGGAGAAUAAAACUUAUCUUGCCUUUGCUGUGGUUAGUUGAUUUUCUUCUAAAACAAAGAAGAAUAGCAUCGGCUAUUUUCGAACGCGUAAAAGACAGGGAGAACCUGAAGAACAUCUUACUUUCAGUGUAUGGAAACAAAGAAGCUGUUGAUGAUGAUUUAAUUGAGAUAAUUAAGAGACCGGCCGAUGACGAAGGUGCUCUCGACGCAUUCGUUUCAAUCGUCACGGGACCGCCUGGGCCGAACCCCGUGUCCUUAAUGCCGAAAAUCACUCUUCCCACCCUAGUUCUAUGGGGAGACCAAGAUCCAUUCACCCCUAUCGAUGGUCCUGUCGGAAAAUACUUCUCUUCUCUCCCCUCUAAAUUGUCGAAUGUGAAAUUGAAUGUUCUCAAGGGGGUCGGUCAUUGUCCGCACGACGAUAGGCCGGAGUUGGUCCACGAGCAGUUGCUUCCUUGGUUGGCUACUCUUCCUUCUCCAUGCGAGAUUUCGGUUGGCUAAGCUGCAAGAAUACAUAGAAUCUUCGACGCGAUUUCGAGCUUCGACACCAUCUUAUGAGAACAGCACUACUGUAAUCCAAGUUGUAUUGUAUUUACUAUACAUCAGAUUGAUGUAAUUUGGAAUUUGCAAAAGUAAAGAGCAAUAAUAAAGACAGUAACAAAUUCAAUUGACUUGGUA